AUGGAAAUAAGGCUGGUGCUGAUCGUUGCGUUGUGCUCGAGUGCUGCUACCCUAGUUACUUGUAGUAGCGCAGGGCUACACAUGGAGCUCAUCCAUGUCGAUGGCAAGGGGAACUACACAGUGGCGGAGCGCGUGCAGCGCGCCAUGGCCAGCAGCCGGCAGCGCCUGGCGUCCUUUGUCGACGUGAGCGCACCGGUCCACUGGAACACCAGCCAGUACAUCGCCGAGUACCUGAUCGGCAACCCACCGCAGCGCGCCGAGGCCCUCAUCGACACCGGUAGCGACCUCAUCUGGACGCAGUGCUCCACCUGCAGCCUCAAAGGAUCCUGCGUCAUGCAGGGCCUGCCCUACUAUAACGCGUCCAAGUCGGACAGCUUCCACCCCGUGCCAUGCAACGACACCUUGUGCCUAGCCAACCAGGCGCACUCGUGCCGCCCGGAUGGCAGCUGCGCUUUCGGGGCCUUCUACGGCGCUGGCGACGCUAGAGGGUCCAUCGGCACGGAGGUCUUCGCCUUUGAACACGGCUCGGUGACGCUCACGUUCGGCUGCGUCGACACGCUGAUGAUCACUCCGGGGUCCCUUGACGGGGCGUCCGGCCUCAUAGGGCUUGGCCGUGGCCCCCUGUCGCUCGUCUCUCAGAUAGGUGCCAGCAAGUUCUCUUACUGCCACACCCCCUACCUCCGCAGCAACGCCACUCCCGGUGCCAGCAGCCACCUUUUCGUCGGCGCCACGGCGAGGCUCAGCGGCGGCAGCCCUGUGAUGUCCAUGUCUUUCGUGCAAGGCCCUAAGAGGAACCCAUUCUACUAUGUCCCACUCAUCGGAAUAAGCGUGGGAAAAACAAGACUUUCCAUCCCACCGAUGGUGUUCGCUCUGAAACAAAACGGCACCGGCGGCGGUGUCUUUAUCGACUCUGGUAACCCCACUUCGGUUCUGGGGAGCCUCCUGCCGCCACCUGCUGGCAGUGGGAUCGACCUGUGUGUGGCACUGGCGCAGGAAAAGACGGUGCCGUCCAUGGUGUUCCACUUCAGUGGCGGAGCGGACAUGGUGCUGCCGCCAGAGAACUACUGGGUGCCGCUGGAUGAUUCCAUGUCAUGCAUGGUGAUGCAUAAAUCCAGCUACGUGAGCAUCAUCGGCAACUUCCAGUUGCAGAACAUGCACUUGUUGUACGACCUUACUAAGGAGGAGCUCUCUUUCCAAACUGCCGACUGCAGCUCACUGUGA